UCGUUCUCACCGAGCGGCUCCAGCGAUUCCCUCCGGGGAAGCGCCAGAAACAUUUCAGUAGCUCUUGGGUGAGAGAGAGAUGGUCGAUGCCUUGCGCCAGAAGUUCCUGCAAGCGCGAGAAAGACCUGAGGAGGAGCUGGGGCAGCGUUGCUGGAGCAGCAGCCAAGGCUGAGAGAGAUAAGCGCGGGAUCGGAUUCCCGCACCUGUGAGUUUGGCCAGGCGCCUACCUGCAAACAAUAACUCUUCCCAGAGGGGCAACGAGGCGUGAGGGGAACAAACAGACACCACACAUACACAAAAAGCUCCCGCCGGUUCAGGACGUCAAGCAAAACACCGCGGGCGGGCGGGACAGCGAGACGCAGCUACUACGGGAAGCCAAAGGCGGUGACGCCGCGCGACAGGCAGAGCAGCGCUUCGAGGCGCCACCGCUGCUGAGGACCUCGGGCAGCCUCGCCGCGGGGCCGAGAGAUGAGGCUCCGUCUGACCAGCGCCUUGACGUUUGUGUGCCUCAGCGCGGUCUUCUCCUUCGCCUGGUACGCCGCCCGGAGCGGGAGCGGAGGAAGUGUUUUAGAUGUGAACCAAAGACAGCUUUUGGAACUUCGCCAAAGACUCUUCUACGCUGAAAAGGAAAACAAAAAAAGAUCCUAUGAGCUGGAGAGUGUCCUAAAUGAAAUCAAGCAAUUCAUUGGUGAGCUAGCAAGCACUUCCGGAAAUUUUACAGACUCUACGAAGUUGAACGUGUUGAGUCUCGCCAACAAACUCCCUAUACAUCUUUCAAAUAUCCAUUACUAUCUGCCUCAUCUCCAGGAGCAUGAAGAUGGUAUUUAUCCAAAUGUUGUAGUUGGACAAGGAAGGACUGGGGUGGCCAUGGUAAUAGGUGUUCCAACAGUGCGAAGAGAAAAGGAAAGCUAUUUGAUGGACACACUGGAAUCCCUUUUCAGUGGAAUGUCUGAAGCUCAGAAGAAGCAUUGUAUGAUAAUUAUCUUUGUAGCAGAGGUGGAUUUAAAAUAUGUCAACAGCAUUGCAGAAAGCAUUAGGAGCCGCUUCCCAGAGGAGGCACUUUCUGGAGUUCUAGAGGUUGUAUCUCCCCCUGCUUCCUAUUAUCCCAAGCUCUCCAAUCUCAAGACAUCAUUAGGGGAUUCAAGUAAGAGAGUAAGAUGGAGAACAAAACAGAAUUUGGAUUAUAGCUUCUUAAUGAUGUAUGCCCAACCAAGGGGAACUUACUAUUUACAGCUAGAAGAUGAUAUUAUAGCGAAACCAUCAUAUAUACAAACAAUCAGUGAGUUUAUUGUGCUGCAGGACUCAAAGGAGUGGCUGUUUCUUGAAUUUUCUCAGCUUGGGUUUAUCGGAAAACUAUUCCGAUGCAGAGACUUGCCACUGAUAGUUGAAUUUUUGUUAAUGUUCUACAAAGAUAAGCCAAUUGACUGGCUUCUAGACCACUUACUUUCGGUUAAAGUUUGCAGUCCAGAGAAAGAUGCAAAACACUGUGAACGCCAAAAGACCUAUUUGCGCAUCCGUUAUAGCCCAUCUCUCUUUCAGCAUGUGGGAAUUCAUUCUUCUUUGGCUGGGAAAAUACAGAAAUUGAAAGAUAGAGACUUUGGCAAAAAUGCAUUUAUUACAGCACAUGUCAACCCAGCUGCAGAAGUGACAACAAGUCUAAAAGCAUUCCAGCACUAUACCCUAGAAAAAGCUUAUAAAGGAAUAGAAUAUUUCUGGGCUUUUGCUCCUGUGGCUGGAGAUUAUAUUCUGUUCAGCUUUUCGCAGCCAAUAAAAAUACAAAGGUACCUUUUUAGAAGUGGAAAUAGCAUACAUCCAGGAGAUAUAAUAACUGAUGCUACUGUAGAAGUUUUACCCAGUGCUGAGAUAGACUUACCGCCUGGAGGAGCCAAUUCAGGGAAUUUUAAAAUCGUAAAAACUCAGGAUGGAUAUUUUCGAAUAGGCACAUUCAAAAAUGGAAUAGCAGAUGGCACCGUCAACCCAAACUUAGGAAAUAUAAAAGCUCUUCGUUUAUCUAUCCAUUCUAGUUCUCCUACGUGGUUGUUACUGAGUGAGAUAUUCAUAAUGAUGCAGUUGGACGAGAAUAAGAAAAAAAUACUUCUUUGAGAAUAUGAAAAUCUUGAAUGCUACAUGGAAACAAGGCCAUCUAGUGGUAGCAGCAAAACUGUCAACUAUAAAAUGUAAUCUCCUUCCUAACACUGUACAGUGUAGUAAGAGAGGGGAUAAUGCUACAUUAAAUCUUUUUCUUUCUUUUUUUGAAAUACUGAUAAUAUAUUACCAACAGGCCCUUUGUAAAUAAAAAUACUUUCAAUAGCUUAAACAAAUAAGGAUGCAGUCCUAUCCACACAU